UAUUGAUAUCGGGAGGCGUUCACUGACCGGUUCAAGCCAGAUUUCUUAUGGCGAGCUUAAUUGGCUUACGGGGCGGUUCGCACGCGGGGGAUCACCGCCCGGCGUCCUUUUUUAAGUUGCUAAUUAGAGGCAUGGUCAUCCUCAUUAACAGGGGCGUGCUUGGCUCAGCGCGUGCCCCCUCGGAUCAUAUUGAUUGACGUGUGCAGAAACCGUCCAGAGAAAGACAUUUGGGCUUUUUCUUUCAUGAGAAGCGGACGGAGAGGAGGACGACGAGCUUACGGGUGCCCUCCGAGAGGAAGUAAAGAGGCGUUCGAUGAGAGAGAGAAAGAAGAGAGUUUGAUGGGAAGAAGGGAACGGAACGAUUCGACCUGGAAAGAGGCGUCCCUCGUGCUCGUCGUCUCCGAUAGCGGCGUUCACACAUUCAUAGGACAGGAAUUCGUGUACUUUCACUUCUCAGCCCUCUAUAUUUCAGACGGGAUCAGAAGGAUCCUCGGCACUCUUUCACAUGCCUGCUGGCGGCCGACCACUUUGCUUCAAUGGGGGACUACAGCGGCGGAAGGACGGAUCGUAGAGGCCGCCGAUACCUCAGUACCACCUGGGAGAUAGCCUAGCUUAGCUCGCCACUAGCUAUUCCGUGUCCCACACACACACACACACACACACACAACCCCUUUUCUCCCCCUCCCACACAAGUGAGAGUCAGCCAUGGCGUCGGUGCGCUUCACGGUGACGCCCACCAAGGCGGAGGACCUCCCGGGGCUGUCGGACACGUCGCCCGACAUCAGCUCUCGCUCCGGCGCCCGCGUGCGCUUCGGCUCUCGGGAGAGCGUCAACCGGAGUGAGCCCCCGAGCGAGGCGUCGGGGGGCCCGGGCGCCACGGCGGGCGGGGCCGAGACGCCGGACGACAGCAACGCGGAGCAAGGUGAUGGAAACUCAAAGAUCUCCAGCGUGUACAUCAACAACUCUCACGGGCUGGACGACGACGACUUCUACGACAGGAACUUGGCCUUGUUUGAGGAGGAGAUGGACACUCGGCCGAAGGUGUCGUCUCUGCUCAACCGCCUGGCCAACUACACCAACCUGACGCAGGGCGCCAAGGAGCACGAGGAGGCCGAGGGCAUCGGCGAGAAGAAGAAAGCCAGCAAGUCGCCCCAGAUGGGGACGUUCAUGGGCGUCUACCUGCCGUGCCUCCAGAACAUCUUCGGCGUCAUCCUCUUCCUGCGGUUGACGUGGGUGGUGGGCAGCGCCGGGGUGCUGCAGGGCCUCUGCAUCGUCUUUGUAUGCUGCUGCUGUACGCUGUUGACCGCGAUAUCCAUGAGCGCCAUCGCCACCAACGGAGUCGUUCCAGCGGGAGGCGCCUACUUCAUGAUCAGUCGCUCUCUGGGUCCAGAGUUCGGGGGGGCGGUGGGCCUGUGCUUCUACCUGGGCACCACCUUCGCCGGGGCCAUGUACAUCCUGGGGGCCAUCGAGAUACUUCUGAUGUACAUCGCACCCAAGGCGGCCAUUUUUGAGUCCAAGCACCCUGAAGGCGAAGGCGCGGCCAUGUUGAACAACAUGCGCGUCUACGGCUCCAUCUGCCUCCUCCUCAUGUCCCUGCUGGUCUUCGUGGGCGUGAAGUACGUCAACAAACUGGCCUCCGUCUUCUUGGCCUGCGUCAUCGUCUCCAUCGUCUCCAUCUACGUCGGCGCGCUGGUCUCCGCCUUCAAACCGCCACAUUUCCCCGUGUGCAUGCUGGGAAACAGAACCAUCAGCGGGCACGAAAUCGAGGACCACCAAUGCACCAAAACCGCUUUGCUGCAGAGUAACGAGCCGGCGGAGGACGCAGACAACUUCACCUUAAUUAAUGAAAACAGCACCAUGGUCCCGACCUUUGACCCCAGCCUGGAGCUCCCUUUGCUGGAGAAGACCACCUAUCUUUGGAAGCAGUUUUGCCAGGGCCCAGAGGUCAACGCCUCCUGUGACGAAUACUUCCUCUCCAACAAUUUUUCCCAGAUCGAAGGGAUCCCCGGCCUGGCCAGCGGUAUCAUUUCAGAGAACCUGUGGAGCUCCUACAUCAGCAGAGGGGACGUGGUGGAGAAGGGCUCUCUGGGCUCCUCCCCCGACGCCCACCCGGCCUCCACCCAGCAGCCGUACGUGUUCGCUGACAUCACCACCUCCUUCACGCUGCUGGUGGGCAUCUUCUUCCCCUCCGUCACAGGAAUCAUGGCUGGUUCCAACCGGUCGGGGGAUCUGAAGGACGCCCAGCGCUCCAUCCCCAUCGGGACCAUCCUCGCCAUCCUCACCACCUCCGUCGUCUACCUGACCAGCGUUCUCCUGUUUGGCGCCUGCAUCGACGGCGUGGUCCUCCGAGACAAGUCGGCACAUCUUUCCACCGACGCUUACACAUUUAAACUCAAGUCAUGCGCGAGAGAGCUUGUUUUUUUUUUUUUUUUAAAUGUGUGUUCCUCCUGCAGGUUUGGAGACUCCGUCAAAGGGAACCUGGUGGUGGGGACGCUGGCCUGGCCGACUCCCUGGGUCAUCGUGAUCGGCUCUUUCUUCUCGACGUGCGGCGCCGGCCUCCAGUCGCUGACCGGCGCUCCCCGACUCCUGCAGGCCAUCGCGAAGGACAACAUCGUGCCCUUCCUCCGGGUGUUUGGCCAUGGGAAGGCUAACGGGGAGCCCACCUGGGCCCUGUUGCUGACAGCCCUGAUAGCCGAGCUGGGGAUUCUCAUCGCCUCUCUGGACCUGGUGGCUCCCAUCCUUACAAUGUUCUUCCUGAUGUGUUACCUGUUUGUGAACCUGGCCUGUGGCCUCCAGACUCUCCUGAGGUCGCCCAACUGGAGGCCGCGCUUUUCCUAUUACCACUGGACCUUGUCAUUUUUGGGGAUGACCAUCUGCCUGGCGCUCAUGUUCAUAUCCUCCUGGUACUACGCAAUCGUUGCCAUGGUGAUCGCCGGGAUGAUCUACAAGUACAUCGAGUACCACGGAGCGGAGAAAGAGUGGGGGGAUGGGAUCCGCGGCCUCUCGCUGAGCGCUGCCCGCUAUGCCCUCCUGAGGCUGGAAGAGGGGCCGCCGCACACCAAGAACUGGAGGCCGCAGGUGCUGGUGUUGCUCAAACUGGACGAGGACGCCCACGUCAAGUCUCCUCGCCUGCUGACGUUCGCCAGCCAGCUGAAGGCCGGAAAAGGCCUCACCAUCGUCGGCACGGUCGUCUCCGGCAACUUCCUGCAGAGCUACGGCGAGGCCCUCGCCGCCGAGCAGACUCUGAAGCACCUGAUGGAUAAGGAGCGCGUGAAGGGCUUCUGCCAGUGCAUCGUGGCCCAGAAGCCGCGCGAGGGCAUCAGCCACAUGAUCCAGUCCAGCGGUCUCGGGGGAAUGAAGCCCAACACGGUGGUGAUGGGCUGGCCGCACGCCUGGAGGCAGAGCGAGGACCCGCAGGCCUGGAAGACCUUCAUCAACACGGUGCGGGUGACAACGGCGGCCCACUUGGCCCUGCUGGUGCCCAAAAACAUCUCCCUGUUCCCCAGCAACAGCGAGCCCUGCGCAGAGGGCUACAUCGACGUGUGGUGGAUCGUCCACGACGGGGGGAUGCUCAUGCUGCUGCCCUUCCUGCUGCGCCAACACAAGGUGUGGCGCAAGUGCGGGAUGCGAAUCUUCACCGUGGCCCAGAUGGAGGAUAACUCCAUCCAGAUGAAGAAGGAUCUGGCAACCUUCCUCUAUCACCUGCGCAUUGAGGCCGAGGUGGAAGUGGUUGAGAUGCACGACAGUGACAUCAGCGCCUACACCUACGAACGCACCCUGAUGAUGGAGCAGAGGUCUCAGAUGCUCCGACAGAUGCGACUGUCGAAGUCGGACCGUGAAAAGGAGGGAAACCCCGGUAGCGGCAGCAGUAGGCCAGAGGCAGGUGGAGCGACGAGGUCUCAGGCCCAGCUGGUGAAGGACCGCAACUCCAUGCUGCGGCUCACGAGCAUCGGAUCGGACGAUGAAGACGAGGCGGACGGCGGGGAGCGAGACCGGCCCACGAACACGGCCGCCGGCGGAGGAGGAGGAGGAGGAGGAGGAGGAGGAGGAGGAGGCAGCGCCGAGCACCAUCGGCGAGUUCAGAUGACCUGGACCAAAGAGAAGUCCUCUCAGUACAGAGCCAUGCACUCCGGCUGCUCCACUCCGGAGGGCUUCAGGGACAUGCUCAGCAUCCGGCCGGACCACUCCAACGUCAGGCGGAUGCACACCGCCGUCAAGCUCAACGAGGUCAUCGUCAAUAAAUCCCACGACGCCCGGCUCGUCCUGCUCAACAUGCCCGGACCCCCCAGGAACACGGAUGGAGACGAGAACUACAUGGAGUUCCUGGAGGUCCUCACGGAGGGAUUGGAGCGCGUCCUGUUGGUGAGGGGCGGAGGAAGCGAAGUCAUCACCAUCUACUCCUGAUUGGACAAAAGCAAGAAGAAGAACAAGUGCAAGAAGUGAGCGCCGAGGCCAAAAGGAGAGGCCGUCAUUGUCCUCUUUCUCCCCCCCCCCCUCUCCCCCACACACACACACCUUUACGUUUUUCCACCUUUCCGCCUCUCCGUCGUGACGAGCGUGUUUUCCUUUCCACAGAUCGAACAAGCAAAACUAAUUUUAUAAUCGGAGCGAUCAGCUGUGCAUGUGCAUGUGUGUGUGUGUGUGUGUGUGAAAGUCUAGACCUGAGAGAGGUUUGGUUUGCUGGAGGACCAGUAUUAUGGGA